AAUAUAUAAGUAAUCUGUUUAAUUUUUAGAUAUUUACGCUGCUUUUCCUGCUAUGACAGUGACAUCUGAGGGAUCUCAAUACCAGGUUGCCUACAAGAGGUUCAUGGAUUGGCGAAAACAACAAAACCUAAUGAAUGAAGUUAUUGAAGAAAAAAUAGAAGUUACUGAAGAAGUACUUCUGGCAUAUUUUGAGGAAUUGUCAAAAACGUUGAAAGCAACGACGUUAUGGAAACAUUAUUCUAUACUAAACACAGCAUUGCUUUUUUAUAAAGGAAUCAAUAUAGCCAACUUUUUGAGUUUGAAGAAAUUUUUAAAGGAAAAAUAUGAAGGCUAUCUGCCAAAUAAAUCCAAGGUAUUCACUUCGGAAGAAAUAAACAAGUUUAUUAAAGAAGCACCUGACUUUGAUCAUCUACUCGCAAAGGUAAUUUUGAUAAUGGGCGUCAUGUGUAAUUGUCAUAAAAAAGAACUCUAUAAUAUGAAAACCCAUCAUCUCAAAGACUUGGAAUCUUCAAUUUCGGUUGAAAUUCCCAAUCAAAAAACAGGAACUCCUAGAAAAUUUACGAUGGGUGGGCAGUUUUAUAAGAUUCUCAAAAAGUACAGUGAUCUUCGACCCAAAAAAGGCUGUGACACUUCAUUUUUUCUAAAUUAUCACAAAGGAAAAUGCACUACUCAAAAGGUGGGAAUUAACAGAUUUGGUACCAUGGGGAAAUAUAUAGCUACCUGGUUAAAUCUGGAAAAUCCGGAACUUUAUACUGGUCACUGCUUCCGGAAAUUGUCUAAGUCAGCUCAUACAAUAAAAAUUAUACAAUAGAAAAAAAUUGUAUAGAAUAAUAGUAUUAUGAGGUGUUUUAAGACAUAAUACGAGUAUGUAGAAGUAGUUCUGUCUAGCAAAUCGUGUACAGCUUAUUAGCUACAUUGAAAUGUUAAGUUUUUAUAUAAAUAAAUAAGUAAUUAAAAGUAA